UUGACAGGACAGACCCCCACUUCAAAUACCGUUUUGUUCACUAAUCACUAGGCCUUGUUCUGUUCUCAACAGAAAUAGAAAGUUCGAAUGCUUCUGCAAUUAAUUAAUUUUCCAAAAUUUAUAAAUCUGUAAGAAUUCAAGUUCGCCAUGGUCAAAGUAAUUACUCAGGAGACUUUUGACACUGUUGUCAAGGAAAAUGUCGAAGAAUUUGGGUUGGAAUUGGAAGAAGCACGGAAAGAUGCUAUACAACAGUUCACUGCUCAGGGUGUUGAUCUCACAAACAUAGUCACCGAUGGACCUGGUGAAGGUGGCCAAACUCACACAAUAGUCGUAACUUUGACAAAUCUGUCCAAGCAGCUUGCAAGUGAGGUACUAGAUGAUGCUGAGGUGUUGAAAUCUCUUGAAGAACUUGAAAAGGAGUGCAAUAUUGAUCUUGCCCACCGGAUCAUGGCUGAAAAGAAUGGAGCAUUCCCCUUGAUUGUCCAAGGCUUGAAGCAUUACCAGAAAAAUUCAGCCUUGCGUGAUCAGUGCCUGAAGACCAUGGCAUCCCUCAUACAGGGAUAUCCAGAUAUAGUUACUCACGAUGGGAUUGAGCUACUCUGCACUGUUUUGGAAGAGGAUUCUUCAUUAAGCACUGUCACUUUAGUGCUGAAUGUGUUUUGCCACAGUUGUCGAAUGCACGAAAAUAAUCGUGAAUCGUUUAUGGCCAACUUUAAAUUGGCGGCUCGAAUUCGUAAACUCCUCGAAUCUCCUCCUACCCGCAAUCAAGCCGAGGUUGUCGUUAAAUGCUGCCAGUUGAUCCGUGCGGUCGUGUCUGAUGAUGACGUCCGUGUCGAAUUUGGACGAGCCCAUGACUACGCGUGCAUGAUAGCAGAACAAGAAAACGGACUAGAGCUGCUCACUUCGCUACUCACGGAAUUUCAAACGGAAAAAACUGUAAUCAGCGAAUUGUUGCCGACCCUGUCGCGUUUGGCUGUUCGUAAUGAAUUUUGCCAAAAAAUCGUUGAACUGGGUGGCCUAGAAUUCGUGAUGGACGUCCUGGCCAAAUAUUACGAAGACAAGGAAUUGGUCGAGAGCAGCUUCUUCCUGAUCAAAUCCCUUGCAGGCAACGACGAUGUAAAGAGGGAGGUCAGCAAAGGCAACGCCGUGCCGUUGAUUGCGGCCGCUCUGGGUCGCCACAAGUGCGUGGCUUCGGUGGCAGAGAUGGGAUGCGCCGCCAUAGCAGCCCUGUGUCUGAGAACUCCCGAUAACGCGGCGGCCUUUGUGGCCAACGGUGUCGGACAGCUGGUGGUGGACAUUCUGAAAACGCACAAACUCAAAGUGGGCGUCGAGAGACAAGCGAGUAUGGCCAUCCGCAACAUCGUGGCGCGUCGGAAGGAUUUGACGACCGUUUUCAUCGAGGCCGGUGUUGAAGAUCUGCUCCAAACGGCAAUGAAGCGCACACAGCGUGCACCCACCGUCGAGAUCAAGGCAGCCUUGCGUGACUUGGGCUGCCAGGUCCAACUGCACGAGGAAUGGACGGGCAAAGGAGCCAGUAUGACCAACUGAAACAAGAAGAAGAUGAGAGAAAAGACAAAGCGGACGUCUAAUAAAAAGUGAUUGCAGAUGAAGAAGAGAGAUCCAUAAUUAUAUCCAACGUUGCAUCGAAAUGGCGGCCGUAACUACCGACUUCUCUAUCGAGCAACAAGAAAAAAAAGGAAUCAAUAAUUUAUGGAAUUUUCUUUUACAACAAGUUUUGAAUAGUUUGUCUGCCUUGAAAACAGAAAAAAAAAACAGGCUUAUGAAUAUAUAUUUAGCCUCUUCAUUCA